AUGUUGUGUGAACAACUCUGCACGAAGCACCAUGAGGCUUACCUCCUUACCAGCCCGUGGUGGCGCGUACGUGUCUCUACUGAGAUGUACGAAGGGAUUGACAACCUGAAAUCCCUUUUACGACCGUGCCGGGAAGACUUUCUCCGGCGGUCCUUCUGCGGCACAGGAUGUGUCGCGUCGUACUGCUCGACCAGACCCAGUACGUCAACCAUCAAUUGGGAGCGGGGCUCCCAAGAAUCCCAGGACGGGGAUAGCCGCGCCACCGGACGAGGUAACUCGUCCGACGUCCGUUCACGUCGCGGUGGUUCAACAGCUGCUCUACUAGAUAGCGCUGGCCACCGCGAGAGUCCUCUAAUGGAGGUGGAGGAGGAGGAAAGACGCUCUCCACACGAUCAUGUGGAUCGGUGUGUUCCCGAGAGCUUCUUUGAUCGCGUAACGCAAGGGUUACGCGACGAUCUCGAGCAUGAGCGGAAUAGGCGUCUCCAGAUGGUGGACACUGCCUCGAAGCAUCGAGCUGAGUUUGCCUUUGCUCAGCUUGAGAACGAGAGAUCUCUGACAUCUCUUCGUGACGAGCUAAGGGUAGCUCGUGGGAUUGUUGAUCGGUCUCGGGCUGAGAUAACUGCUCUUCAGACCCUUGUUGAUGCCCACCAUCGGGAGCACAAGGCUCUCUGCGAGAUGCUUGAGCGCAAGGGCGUUCUUCAUCGGAAGAAGCAGCGUACUGAUGGUACGGCUUAA